AUGAGUGCUAACAGCAGCACCAUGAGCCAGCUAAUCUGGCAGGGCCCCGUGUGCGUUGGCUGGAAGCGGGACCUGGAAGGGGCCGUCUACCAUCUGGCCAACUGCUUCUUGCUCCUGGGCUUCAUGGGGGGCAGCGGGGUGUAUGGAUGCUUCUACCUCUUCGGCUUCCUGGGCACGGGCUACGUGUGCUGCGUGAUGUGGGGUUGGUUGGAUGCUUGUGGCCUGGACCUCAUCCUCUGGAGCUUCCUGCUGGCCACAGCUUGCCUGCUCCAGCUGGCAUACCUGAUACACCGGCUGCGCAGGCGCGCCCUCCCGGAGGAGUUCGACGUCCUCUACAAGACGCUGUAUCUACCCCUGCAGGUGCCUCUGCAGGUGUACAAGGAGAUUGUUCACUGCUGUGAGGAGCAGGUCUUGACGCUGGCCACUGAGCAGACUUAUGCUGUGGAGGGCGAGACCCCCAUCAACCGCCUGUCCCUGCUCCUCUCCGGCCGAGUUCGUGUGAGCCAGGAUGGGCAGUUUCUUCACUACAUCUUCCCUUACCAGUUCAUGGACUCUCCAGAGUGGGAAUCUCUGCAGCCCUCUGAGGAGGGUGUGUUCCAGGUCACUCUGACUGCUGAGACCCCAUGUAGCUACAUUUCCUGGCCUCGGAAAAGUCUCCACCUUCUUUUGACCAAAGAGCGAUAUAUUUCCCAACUCUUCUCAGCCCUGCUGGGCUAUGACAUCUCAGAGAAGCUCUACGCUCUCAAUGACAAGCUCUUUGCCAAGUUUGGGCUGCGCUUCGACAUACGUCUCCCCAGCCUCUACCAUGUCCUGGGUCCCUCAGCCUCGGAUACAGGGCCUGAGUCCGAGAAGGAUGACGAGGAAGCCCGUGAACCAGCCUUGCCCACAUCCGCCCAGCAAACACCCCCUUGCUCUCCUCUUCCAACGGCCACCAGCCCUCCUGCACCUCCUUCCUGGGCCAGGUUGUCCCGGCCCGACAGCGGCAUCCUGGCUUCUAGAACUCCUCUCCACAGUUACUCUCAAGCUAUGUCCAGGGGACAGGCCCCCUUGGCUCCAACCCACACUCCUGAACUUUAAGGAUCCAUGGACUGUCUUUUUCUCUGGCCACAAAAAUCUUCACAGGAAGCUCACCCCGUCUUACCCACUGGAGGGCUCACGGGCCAGGUCUGGGCAGGCUCAGGAGACAUCGGUGCUGCAGUGACACGAGGGCCCCAGCAACUUGUAGAAAUUUGCCCUCACCAGCCUUCCUUCCAGGAGGAGGCACGCAGAAGUGCAAAAUCACUGAUUACAUCCUUCACAAACUGCAGAAUCUUGGGCAAGUUCCACAGGCUCUCUGAGCCUCCCCUGUAAAGUUGGGACUUAGAAAACCCAUCUCACAAGGUUGUUGUGAGCAUCAGAUGAGAUGACUUAGGUAAUGCACCUCAGACAU